AUGCAUUCGGCCCUGGUGCGGUUGCAGAAUGUCUUCGGCUUCUUUACCACCGUGGCAUCGUGCAUUGCGAUCCUGAUUGCAUUCUCCUCCUUCACGUCUCCACAGACGCCGUCCGCCUCGUUGAAGUUGAGAAAUGUACAAGUAGUCAAAGGACGACCGCAUUACUACAGUUCGAAGAAGGAAGAAUACGCUCAUAUCAAAUUCGACCUGGACACUGAUCUCUCCUCCCUCUUCAACUGGAACACCAAACAAGUCUUCCUCUACAUCAAAGCCACCUACCCCCCUACCUCCCCCUCCGAACCUCGCACCGAAGCCAUCCUUUGGGAUGCCAUCCUCGCCGGCCCCAUCCAACCCCCGCACCACAACCACUGGGACCCCCACGCCUCUACGAAAUCCCGCCGCUCCAAAUCCCCCCCCAAAUCCCCCUCCACCAAACCCCCCGGCAUCUUCAAGCUCGCCAACCAACGCCCGAAGUACCAGAUCACUGACCCCUCCGGGCGGAUUGCCGCGCAGGCGAACGCGACGCUGGAGCUCGCGUGGAACGUGCAGCCGUGGGUGGGCGCACUGACGUGGUCGCGGGACGCGGACUUCGGGGUGUGGAAGAAGUUGAAGGGGGGGAGGACGAAGGCGUUUACGUUCCCGGCGUUGAAGGAGAAGGGGGAGGGAUUGGGGACGGCGAAGGGUGGGGAAGGGAAUCGAGGAAAACCGGCGUGA